GUACCACGACCAAUCCGAUUCAGCGUAAGCCUGCUGAACCAACAGGGCACCCCAGGCAGGUCGGCUCCUCUGAGACCGACACCCAUCGUGAAAUCCCUCGGCGCUCUUGGGGUGGGUCGGGGACAUGUAGCUCGCUGUCAUGCUGCUGAUGUGUGUUGACGAUGACAUUUCCUCUCUCCUCAGCAAUACACGAGUUCCCCGAUGACCUUUUCACCUCCAGUGAACGUAAGAGCGGGGCCGUUCUGCUCCACAUCGCGGCGGCCCUCUACAUGUUUCUGGCCCUCGCCAUAACAUGUGACGAAUACUUUGUGACAUCGCUGGAGAAGAUCUGCGAGAAACUAGAUCUGAGUGAAGAUGUUGCUGGUGCCACCUUCAUGGCAGCUGGCAGCUCUGCACCAGAGCUCUUUGCAUCUGUCAUUGGUGUCUUCAUCACCCACGGCGAUGUGGGGGUGGGGACCAUCGUGGGCUCAGCAGUCUUCAACAUCCUGUGCAUCAUCGGUGUCUGCGGGAUCUUCGCUGGACAGGUGGUGAUGUUGACCUGGUGGGCAGUUUUCAGGGAUUCCUUCUACUACAUCCUGUCUGUUGUGGCUUUAAUUGCAUUCAUCUACGACGAGAAGAUAGUUUGGUGGGAGAGUUUGGUGCUGGUGGUCAUGUACGCUGGAUACAUCCUUGUCAUGAAAUUCAACUCCAGCAUGCAGAGGUUUUUCAUGGGGUCAAAGUCAGACAAGAACGUGGCCAAUGGUAACGCUGCAGCCAGCAGUGAGAUGGAGGACGGUAAUACUAGUUAUUACUAUGUUUGGGAUGACGACCCGUCAUCGCCUUUACUCUCAGAAGUCAAGCCCACCAAGGCUUACAGCCGGGGAUCAGUAGUGAUGGUGGACGAGAUCAUGAACGCCAGCCCUACAAAGUUCAGGUUCCCAGAAGCUGGCCUCCGUGUCAUGGUCACCAGCCAUUUUGGACCCAAGACCCGUCUGCGCAUGGCCAGCCGCCUCAUCAUAACAGAGCGUCAGAAGUUGGUCCAAGCUGCCAAUGGUGUGGAGACACAAGUGAUUGACGGGAAGGUCGAGAUCGAGAAUGGAAACGUGCCAGAGGACAAACCCACCGAGACGCAGGAGAACAUAACAAUCUCGCCAUUUCACAUUCCAAGGGGCAUUGGCAGCAAGUUGAAGUGGUUGAUCUCGUGGCCUCUGCUGCUGUUGCUGUUCUUCACUGUCCCGAACUGUGCCAAGCCUCGCUGGGAGAAAUUCUUCAUGCUCUCCUUCCUCCUGUCCACCGUCUGGAUUGCCAUCUUCUCCUACUUUAUGGUCUGGAUGGUGACUAUAAUCGGCUACACUCUGGGAAUCCCUGAUGUCAUCAUGGGCAUCACUUUCCUGGCAGCAGGCACCAGCGUCCCAGACUGCAUAGCUAGUCUUAUUGUGGCUCGGCAAGGUUUGGGAGACAUGGCAGUGUCCAACACUAUCGGCAGUAACGUGUUUGAUAUUCUUGUGGGACUGGGGGUCCCCUGGGCGCUACAGACCAUGUGUGUCAGCUAUGGAUCAGAGGUGAUGAUUAACAGCCGGGGCCUGUUGUACUCGGUGGUGCUUCUGCUGGGCUCCGUCGCCCUCACGAUUCUGGGGAUCCACCUGAACAAAUGGCGGCUGGACGUGAAGCUGGGCAUUUACGUCCUGGUGUUGUACGCCAUCUUCCUCUGCUUCUCCGUCAUGAUCGAGUACAACGUCUUCACCUUCGUCAACUUGCCCAUGUGCAUGGAGGAUUAGAGCACAGCAGCAUGCCUCGGAUACCAAAACCUCAACGCUCCCAUAGCAACCCCCAAAAAUCUUUUAUUUAUUUAUUUUUUUCAAUAACACUGGACCUAUCUGCAGACUCUUUUUCUCCCCUCUUGCGCUCUUUCCUGUAAUCCUUUUAGUCCUGAAUAUGAAUCUCAUUUCCUCCUAAGAGGCAGUACACGAUGUAAGAGUGGAGUCCAUUCUAUGUCUCUAAUUUGUCCUCUUGUCCUCCACGCAGUGCCGGUCCUUAAUGUCCAUUAUUUCGGGGCAUUGCCUGUUAUUGCAGUAAAGUCUUUAGUUCCUCUGUGCGCCUGUUAACUUUCUACCCAUCUAGCAUGCCUUUAGAUGUCGGGGACCUCCAGAAUCAUAAGUGCCCCUGUUGAUUGUCGGUGUGUGUUUUCACUGUUUUCACAUUGUAGAUUUCCACACACCAUUCCCAGAGCCUUUCCACAAACCAAACCAGAGUCUGUAAGAGGAAAAAAAAAAUCUACGAUUCCAACCAAAACUCCCACAUAGCGAGAACUCCCCUUAAAGUCAUUCCUACAAAAAAAAAUUACAGUUACCCCAGCACCCAAAGAAAAAAUACACUCCUUUUCCCCCCUCUUAACCUCCAUGGAGGAGGGCUUUGUCCUUGGCAGCUCCCCUCCUCCAGCCUGGACCCGACUCCCCUGGCAUGGCCUUUGGCAUCAGGGAGCAGAUACUGUUAGCGCUUCACUCACCCUCCGCAGCUCCUCGACCCUCAUCUGCUUGAUCAAAUCUGCUUUAUUUUCUUCAACAACAAAAAAGACUUUUUGUCAGGACACUUUGUGUCAAGAUGUAUCACAGUCCAGAUCAGACGACUGUGAGGGUGUUAUGCAUAUGCAACACUGCACAAUGUAAACUUGUAAACACUUUUUUUUGUAUUUAUUUUUUCAAACCAAGGUUUUGUCUAGUAUGAAAUGCAGAGGAGAGCUUGUUGCAAAUAUAGGACAUUGCCUGUUUUUCACUGAAACAAAUUGCACAUGGAAAUGCUUUUCUUGCUUUGUGCUGUAAGGAGAUUUGACCACUCAGAGGGGCACCUGGCUGGCGGUGGCGGCGACUCCACCCCAGCGUUCUUUUCAUUCAGCGACGGGUCAGUCCACUUUUCCCUCUGCACAACUUCAUAUAAAAAAAAAACUGGCUCCAGAUCUGUGGGAUGCAUCAGAUUCCUCUCAUCGUCAGGUGACUUGUUGUCAUCUUGAGACAGCAGCAGAAUGGAGGUAGUUGUUUUAAAAAAAAUGCAAAGAAACCAGACGGUUCUCAACACUGACUGUCUGCUAUAACACCCUCUGGCCAGUAGGGGGUACCGCAGCCCCUCUACGCAGGACGGGGGUGCCAACCACAGCUGACGGUUAUCAGGGAAACUCAGAGAUGGACAACUCCAGGAGAUGGCGAUGGUGGUGGUCUCUUGAUUUUGAGUUACAUGUAGAUAUUGCACUUUAACAGCCGUCCUCUCAUUCUGAAUCAACUAGUGCUUCCUUCUGUGCGUGUGUAUUUUCAGUGUAUCUGUGACUGUGUGUGUGUGAGAGAGAACAAUCGUGUGUGUGCGCGUGCUCGGUAUGGGCCCACGCUACGUUUUUUUCCCACACUGGGCUUUCAACUCUCGGAACUGACUGGAACCUCGUUAACACCAUGAGCACACCCCGCCUCUGUCUGCAGUGCAUGCUGGGACAUUAAAAACGCAGCUCCUCCACAGCACAGCAAAAGGCGGAGGGCUUCUGGGCGUCUCCAUGGAAACCGCCCGACCCACUUUACAGAAAUCGGCAGCUACGAGCCACACUGCAAUCCAGACAUUUUGACAUCAUGCAAAAAUGCCCGGGAGGAGUCCACAAGUGGGGUGCAGAGACUAAAAACUGAAAAGCGUGUGGGGAGUGUUUUAAGUGUUGAAAAUAUCCCUCUGCCACACUGUUGGCAGCAGGCACUUGUAUAUGCAAUCUCAAUUUAAAGAAUUCGAUGUGACAGAAGGCCCCUGCAAGGUUGCCAUAUAAAGAUGGGGGAUCCCGUGGAGAUGUGACGUCGGUUUGUCUUGUAGUACUUGAUGUGUGAGCUCACAGGUGUGUGUGUGUGUGUGUGUGCACGCGUGUGUGCGAGACAGCCGAGGAACUGAGCCAAAAGGACGUUUUCUGGAACAGUGGCUUCGAGGGAAGUCCUACACACUCUCUCCUUUAUCCUCUUCCUCCAUUCUUGUCCCCUCUUGCACAAGGGCAUUAACUCUCCACCAACCCUAGCUGAUGGAGCAGAGGGGCAGCAGGGAACGCAUGGACGGAUGUCUUUCCUCCAGCACCCGGGAGAUGUCACUUUUCAAAAGGACAUGGAUGAGAGCAGACUUUAAGGAAUUUUUAAAAAAGUCGGACCCCCCUUAAGCUGCUACUCAAUCAGGGUUCAAACGGCUGUGUUUACUAGACGGAGGUGACCACACAGGGCCCACAGACUCCUCCACACCCACUGACAUCCUUGUACACCACCCUUUCUCCCCGUCAGUCCUUCAGUGGGUCUUCUGUACAUACAGGAUCUAAUUUUUUGAUGCUUUUUGUGGGGGCGCACGUCUGUAACGUACUUGAGUUGAUUCAGAAUGUGCAGUGUUAAGGGUUUUGUUGUGUGUGUGUGCGCGUGCGUGUGUAUAUUUUUGUUGUUGCUCUGUGUGGUCAUGUCCUGGGUUGCCAGGUUUGAGUGGUAACACCCACAGCAGGGGAAUAAGACACUGCUCCUGUUUUUGUCCUCAUCUUUACAAACAGCGUAUGUUCUCACCGGUUGUCUGACUCGCAUCUUUGUUACCAAGUCACGUUUUUUGGAAGAGGGACAAAAAAAGUGACAGAUGCCAUACUUGUCGUAGCUCUGCAUAAAUCCAGACUGUAUGGAGAUCAUGUGUACAAAAGAAGCGCACACACUUUAGAACACACACACAUGUUAGAAACGACAGUUGAACACAAGAGAGGACCGGUAUGUAUUUGUGGAUUGAAUGCGACCUGAUGCACUGUGAGCUCAAUGUGACGUGGGAGUUGUUUGUCAAGAAUAAUAAAUGAUUAAAAAAUAUAUUUAAUGUAAAGUUAGUUCCUAUAAAACAUUACUGAGGACAUCUGUAUAACUUAUAUGAAUGUAUUGUCUUGCUAUACUGGACAUAUCCAACCAAUGCAUUUUACUGUAAAGCAAUAAUGUGAAGAAAAAAAAAAUAAAAUGGCAAAAAUAAUUCCUGUACAUUUGUCUCAUAAGUUCUUGGAUUGUUUGUGAAACACAAAUUAAAUGAAGCCAUUUGUACAUGUA